AUGAAUGCAAGUGGGUGGUUAAGAUGUUUUCAUAGUAUGUCGCAUUUUGAUGUAGGACCAAUUUCUAUUAUAUAUGAGGCUAUAUAUGCCUUCAUAACAAAGACAUACACUUCAUACUUUCUCACUCUUCUUGUGUUUAGCAUUGCAGCUUCCUGGUUGAAACUAAAUAUGGAGCCAAUUCAAGAAGGAAGCCAAGAAAAAUGGAAGAGCAAGGCCACAGCAGAAGUAAAAGGAGUGAAAGCAGAAGAAAUCUGGCCUCUUCUGCAGGAUUUCUUUGGCCUUGACAAGUGGUUUCCCACUCCUACAGUCAUUCCGGUUGAAGGAAUCUCUGGUCAACCGGGGUGUGUGCGUUUCUGUGCUGGUUUCAAGACCCCUGUGGAUGAUGAUGCCAACAAAUCUGUGAACUGGACUAAGCAGAAACUGUUAACCAUUGACCCUACUAACUGGACUUUUACCUAUUCUAUUGUGGAUGGAAACGUUGGAUUUCACUCCUACUUUGCAACUUGGAAACUGAUUCCAAAUGCUGAUGGGUGUGAGAUUCAGUGGCACUAUGAAGUUGAGCCAGUUCAAGGGUGGACACUUGAAUAUCUUGAUUCCUUCACAGACGCAGGGUUGAAGGUCAUGGCUAAGAGGAUCGAGGGAGGUUUGAAGGCCAUGGAAGAAGCAGUUAAAGGUUAG